AUGUCUGACGCCCACGUGUCUUUGAAGGGACUAAUCACGAGUAAAGAAGAGUCGGAUGUGGAGGCUCCGGCAGAAGAGGCGGAGCCCGAGCGGGGGAACUGGACGGGCCGGUUCGACUUCCUGCUGUCGCUGCUGGGUUACAGCGUCGGGCUCGGCAACGUGUGGCGCUUCCCUUACCUCUGCUACAACAACGGGGGAGGUGCAUUCCUUAUUCCGUUCACCGUGAUGCUCAUUAUAGCGGGUCUCCCGCUUAUGUUCAUGGAGCUCUCUUUUGGGCAGUACGCCGCCCUGGGCCCCGUGGCUGUCUACAACCAAUUUUGUCCUCUCUUCCGUGGGCUUGGCUACGGCAUGGUCAUCGUUUCCAGCAUUGUAAUGCUGUAUUACAACCUCAUAAUAGCCUGGACUAUAUACUACAUGGCUGUCUCAAUCACCAGCAUCUUUUAUGAACUGCCGUGGCAGAAUUGUGACGCCGACUGGAGCACUGAACAUUGUUAUUCAUAUGAGGAAGCCGACUUAUGUGAAGCACAGAAUGGAACGUAUUACCUGAGAAAAUGCUUCAACCAGACUUACACCAUUGCUCAUAAUAUCAGUGCAUUAGCAGAAUCGGCCCUGAGGCGGCCACCGGCGGAGGAGUACUUCACUAACAAGGUGCUCGGGCUUUCAUCGGGGAUAGAAGAAACAGGUCACAUAAGAUUGGACAUGGCGGCGUGCUUAUUUGCUGCUUGGCUUAUUGUUUUCCUUUGCUUGUGCAAAGGGGUGCAGUCAUCUGGAAAGGUCGUGUAUUUCACUGCACUGUUUCCGUACGUUGUGCUGGUGAUUUUGUUCUUCCGCGGAGUGACAUUGCCAGGCGCUGGGACCGGAAUUAUGUUUUACCUCACACCGGAUUUUACUCAACUAGCAAACGCUCAAGUGUGGGGUGACGCUGCCGUGCAAAUAUUUUUCGCCCUUAGCCCGGCAUGGGGUGGACUCAUUACUUUAUCAUCUUACAACAAAUUCUCAAACAACUGCUACAUUGACUCAUUGAUAGUUGCGGCUUCCAACAUAUUAACGUCAUUUUUCGCCGGACUGGUAAUUUUCUCCGUGAUUGGAUUCCUGGCACAUGAACUGGAAGUGGAAGUGGACAAAGUUGUUGACCAAGGUGCUGGACUGGCAUUCAUUGUGUAUCCUGAAGUAGUGACGAGGCUGCCUGUGUCGCCACUUUGGUCAAUCCUCUUCUUCGUAAUGCUGCUGACCCUUGGACUCGAUUCUCAGUUUGCUCUUAUGGAGACCGUAACAACCGCUAUCUUGGAUAGAUUUCCUAACUUGAGACAGAAGAAAGUGUGGGUUGUACUGGCAGUUGCUGUCUUCGGCUAUUUGGGCGGACUUAUCUUUACUACUAACAGUGGGAUGUACUGGCUCCAAUUAAUGGAUAAAUACGCGGCCAAUUGGUCGGUGUUGAUCAUCGCAAUUGGCGAGUGCAUUCUGAUCGCCUGGAUUUACGGCGCCGAGAAGUUCUGUCGCGAUAUCCAGUGCAUGAUCGGACGGCAGUCCAUGCUGUGGGUCAUCUUCUGGAGCUCCAUGUGGAGAUGUAUCACUCCUGCUGCUUUGGUGUUCAUCCUCGUGUUCAACUGGAUCGAGUACAAGCCGGCAUCGUAUGGUCACUACGUUUACCCGAUGUGGGCGGACGCCGUCGGCUGGAUGCUGGGCGUGCUGCCCGUGCUCGUCGUCGUGAUCAUGGCCGUCGACAAAAUCUGCAGCGGCCCUGACGACCUCACUAUCAUGGAGAAAGCUCGAGUACUAGCUCGCCCGACUGACGAAUGGGGCCCGCCGGUCAAAGCAGGGGUGUGCGCAAUUGCGCGGCGCUCGGUGCCCGAGCUGUCGCCGCCGGUUCUGCUGCUGCACGGCCGACCCGUGCUGCGCGAGCGCGGUGCUUGACCCCCGCAUGCGCACCCUCUGAUCGCCAUGCGCAAGUUGUCUCAGGAUGGCGGUGACAACACAUCCAUUACUAGCAGCAUUGAGAACGAAAUAAAGAAGUCUGGUCCAGGUAUUUUAAAAUCCACUAAAAACUCUAUUAAGAAAAAAGUGCAGAAUCUCAGCAAUGAAAGUGAC